AUGAACAUUCAAAAAUUAAUUGCUAUCCUUAUAUUAGGAGUUAUAAUGGUUUCUUCCUCCAUUUAUUUUGUUCAAAAAUCUAAUAAUGUAGAAAUGAGUUAAUUUAAUUAUUAGUAGGUCUCAUCUUCUGAUGAUUGUUAUGGCCCUGGAGCUCCAUGCUCAUCUAAUGAUUAAUGCUGUUCUGGAUCUUGUAAUUAAAGACCUCGCUCAUGGCUUGCUUAAUGCUCUUGA